AUGGCACCCUGGCGUCCAAACCUUGUUGUACGGUCACUUGAUCAAUUUUUGUUGUUUAUCAUCAUUCUACUGUUUCUUUGUUCUUCUAGUACUUGUUUUGCAACAAGUGGAGAGGCAGUGGCUCUUGUGAAAUGGAAGGACAGCCUUGAUAUGAAUCCAACUACUCAUUCUCUUCUCCGCUCUUGGAAUCUCAAUUCUACUCAUUCAACCUCUCAUCAUCUCUAUAAUAAUAUCCCCUGUACUUGGGUUGGGAUCACUUGUAAUGACUUUGGAAGUGUCAUCAAUAUUACCCUCGAAAGCAGUAAUUUGAAAGGUACACUUCACAACUUCAACUUCUCCUCCUUUCCCAGCUUACUUACUCUUGACUUUUAUAACAACUCCCUCUAUGGAAGUAUCCCCAUGCACAUUGGCAACCUUUACACACUCACCUUCCUUGAUAUGGGGUCCAAUCAUCUCUCUGGAAACAUUCCUUCCCAAAUAUGCCUUUUGACAAGUUUACGCUUCCUUGCUUUGGCUGAAAAUUAUUUGAAUGGCUCUAUACCACCUCAAAUAGGCAUGUUGGUGUCUCUUGAAGUGAUGUAUGCUUAUAGUAACAAUCUUUCAGGUUCAAUUCCUGUGUCCAUUGGAAACCUGAGCAAGUUAACUGUUUUGGAACUUAGUGAAAAUAAAGUAGUUGGGUCCAUCCGCAAUGAGAUUGGGCAGCUUAAAUCACUCACUACCCUUUAUUUGGAUGCUAACCAACUCACAGGUUCAAUUCCUGUGUCCAUUGGAAACUUGAGCAAGUUAACUGAUUUAGAUUUUGAUGAGAACAAAAUAGUUGGGUCCAUCCCCAAUGAGAUUGGACUGCUUAAAUCACUCAUUGGCCUUUAUUUGUUUGAUAACCAAUUCACUGGCUCAAUUCCUGUGUCCAUUGGAAACUUAAGUAGGUUAUCUUCUUUGGAACUUGGUGGAAACAAAUUAGUUGGGUCCAUUCCAAAUAAUAUUUGUCUUGGUGGAAAGCUUACAUGGUUUACAGCAGGUGAUAACAAAUUUAGUGGUUCCAUUCCAAAAAGCAUAAGAAACUGCAGUUCAUUAGUCGUCCUUUCAGUUGCAGGAAAUCAACUGAGAGGAAAUAUAUCUGCAGAAUUGGGAAGAUACCCAAACCUGGGUUAUAUGGACUUGAGCACCAAUAAGUUUUUUGGAGAACUUUCCGAAAACUGGGGACAGUGUCCAAAACUCACGAUGUUGAACAUCUCUAACAAUAAAAUUUUCAGUAGGCUACCCCCUGAACUUGGGAAGGCUACUCGAUUGCGAAAACUUGACCUCUCUUCCAACCUUCUUGUAGGUAAAAUUCCUAAGGAAUUGGGACAGCUGAAAAUGUUGUACAUACUCAAGCUCAACAAUAAUUCCCUUUCUAGCAAUGUUCCUGUGGAAAUUGGAAUGAUGUCAGACCUUGAAACACUUGACCUUGCAGCCAACCAAUUGAGUGGACCAAUUCCCAUGCAUUUGGAACAAUGUUCAAAACUACUGCAUUUAAACUUGAGGAAUAACAAAUUUAGUGGAAUUAUUCCCUUCCAAAUUGGGAAUCUGCUCUCCCUUGAAGAUCUUGAUCUAAGUAAGAAUUUGCUUGUAGGAGAGUUGCCUUCAGAGCUUGGUCAUUUGGAUAAGCUAGAAUCAUUUAACCUCUCACACAACAAUCUAUCAGGCUUAAUACCAUUCAUGUCUAAUGAAUUGUUAAGCUUGACAACUGUUGAUAUAUCCUACAAUCAGUUAGAAGGUCCUCUGCCCCACAUCAAAGCUUUCACUGAAGCUCCAAUCGAAGCCUUGGAAGGUAAUAAAGGAUUGUGCGGCAAUAACCCUAGUUUGAAGCCUUGCCCCACAUCUAAAGAUAAAAAUAGAAAUCAAGCUGUAAUUGCAAUGAUAGUCUCUAUCUCCAGCAUUCUAUUUUUAUUGUUUAUCAUUGGUGGGAUUCUUUUUGUUUGCCAAAAAAGAGUGAGGAAUAUGGAUUAA